AUGCAUAGAAAUGGAGAAACCAUACCUGCCAUUACUGGUGAUAUAGACUAUAAAAAUGCAAUUCAUAUAUUUCCUAAAGAUUUAUUAUAUCUACGAUCAAGUAUUAUAGCAUAUGGAUCAUCAUUAGUUUCAACAUUUGUUGGAUUUCCAUUAGAUACAAUAAAAGUUCGAAUGCAAACUCAUAAAGAAUUUACAAGUUAUUAUGAUUGUAUAAGAAAAACAUUAGCAAAAGAAGGAAUACGAGGGUUUUAUAGAGGUGUUUGGGCACCAUUAAUUUCAACAUCUUUUUCAAAAUCCCUAAGUGUAUCAAUUUAUUCAUUUUCAAAACCUUAUGUAUAUAAUAGUUUAUUUAAUAAUUCAAUUUAUCAUAAUAUAAAAGAAGAACAUCCAUUUAUAAGAAAUUUACCAGUUUGUUUCAUAUCAGGUUUAAUUGCAGGUGGAUGUGUUUCAAUAUUUGCAUGUCCUUUUGAAUUUAUAAAAGUUUAUGCACAAUUAGAAAAAUUAGUUGGUAAUAAAGUUGGUGCAAAAUUAAAUGGUUCAUCAACUAUUCAAAUAAUGAAAAAUAUUAUAAAAUAUAAGGGUAUAACUGGUUUAUAUUCUGGUUUUAAAUUACAUUUAAUAAGAGAUUCUUUAUCUACAGGUAUGUAUUAUAGUUUUUAUGAACUGGUUAAAUUAUUAGUUAGUGGUACUCAAUCUUCACCAUUUUCAAUAUUAUUAGCUGGUGGAUUAUCUGGUGUUAUAAGUUGGAUUAUAAUUUUCCCAGUAGAUACAGCAAAAUCAAUUAUACAAAAUGAUGUUGUAAAAAGUAUAUUAAGUCAACAACAUGGUAUAUCAAUGAAUAAAAUUAUAGAUGAUAACAACGAGAAAAAACCAAAAUUUUUAAAAAAUUCUUAUAGAGGUUUAGGAAUAUCUGUUGCAAGAUCUUUUAUUACUAGUAUGGUGUUUUUCGGAACUUUUGAAUUAGGUAUGAAAUAUUUAGCUUGA